UAGGAGGAUGGAGUGCAACUAGUAAUGGUUUAUGGGGGCGUUGCGGCGGGACAGCUUGCCGCAGAGGGGAUGAAGGUGGAGUUGGGAAUUUCCAACCCUUCAGGAAUCUUUGACAGAAGAGCUAGCAUACAUGUAAUGUGACGACCAAGCAUGCCUCAGACACGUUGCUGCUGAAGAUCUAACCCAAAUCGCCGAACUCUUUGGUUUAAACAGUCGCCUUAAGGAUGUAUUUCUGAAUGAUAUUUCACUGUCGGUGUCUGCAGAGGCUGCAGGGAAGAGAGAGGCAGUAGGGGCCUGGCAAACUGUUGCGCUGAAAGGGAACAAGCAGUCCCCAGCAUCCCCAAGGACAACCUGCUGAGAGAAGAACAUCACUGGAAGUAUGGCCCGGUCAGGAGCAUGGAUCCUUGGCUGGUUGUUUGGUCUGGUUUUGACACAGUCUGUGUCAACAACGGAGAUACUAUGCGGUGCUGUGAAAGUGGUGAAUGACAGCCUCGUUUUAAAACAAAGAGUACACUUCAUGAGGCACAACAUGCCCAUUAAUUUUACCAUUAAAGUCCAUUAUGAAGAGAUCUUCAAGCUGAGGAAUGUCAGCAGACUGAGGAGGAACUUACAGGACCAAGGCCUGCUAGAUAUAGACCUGCAGGAGACGUGGCUCAGGGUAAACCUGGGGGUUCUGAAGAAGAUCAGGAGUGUUCUGCCCAGGAAUCAUCCCUCCUACAACUACACGGUUGGGCUGGAGGAACUCUUCCUCAACGUGGGGGUGAUCGUACAAGAGUUAUACGACCAGAGGGAACCACCAGAACGAAUACAAAACAUCUGGGAAGCUUUAGCGAGCCCCUUGGGAAAGCAGAGGACGGAGGCCACACCGAAAUCCCUGCUGGACAACUGUUACCACACAAUGAUGUGUGUCUUCCAAAGUUGCUUCCCUUCUGUAGACUACUGUCAACGAUCUUACUGGAGAAACGAGAAGAAGGCCCAGAACCAAGGACUUACUCAAAACUAAGAAAAACAGGUGGAAGCAGUCUCUGAGCCCUUCACUUCUGUAGUCUCACACCUCCUCUUUUCUUUACGGACACAACGACAGGGAGAGCUGGAAACUGAAAGAGACGUGUGGUCAUUGCCAAGGGACUUGCACUGAAAUGAACUGUAUGAUAGCCUGGGCACAUUUGCCUGUUGCUGUGGAAUUGUGGCCUGGGUGCCAACAGUAUUUCUGAAGAAGUCUUCACAACCCACCCAAACAUGUUUUUCUGAGCUGUGUAACCUUUGUGAUCAAAUGGGCUGUUUGUGGCGCAGUAUUCCAACAUCGUUCAAUCUCAUAUUCAUAUGUGGCAGAUCGGCAACUUUGGCAGUCAUUUCAGAGAAGGGGUGAUAAUGUCCAAAGGUGUGGUGUUUCAUGUUUUAGGGACACUGGUAAAGUACCAACACCACAGUGCAAAUUGACAUAUGUAAGAAACGGCAUCAUAACUUGGGGAAAUUAGUUUGUUUCAGGCAACAGCUGUAUUCAUUAUGACAACGCCACAAAUCCACUAGAUUAAAGCAGUUGUGCUGCAUCCUCGACUGAAGAUCAUUUGAUUAUAUUUUUUAAAGCCAUAGGCCACACUUUUGCAACAAAUAUGGCAAAAAAGUUAACAGAAUAUAAAAGAUUGACUUGACAUUGAGACAUUAUAUUAAUUUAAUAAUUUAGUUGCAACAACGAAUAAGGGCAAUGAUAUGAUGUUAUUUAGGAAUUAUAUUGUAAAAUACAAAUAUCCUAUCACAGUUCUGGCAUUUGCAUGUCAGAUACAGAUUUUCCCGACUUCUGCAGAUGACAUACUGAUCAAAUUCAAAUUGUCAUGUUACGCUGUGGAGGCUGAAGCCUGUGCGCUGUUAUCUCAUAAAGAUUACUGGCAUACAAUUAGUGCAGAUGGCAAAAUGCCAGGAGUAAUCCAAUAGUCUGCCAUAAUUGUUUAGACAAUUGUCUCCACUGAUUGUUGUGCCACAGUAAUGGAGGUAUGUCAUCAUAAUUGCUGUUCAGUUUAUUACCACAGACAUAAGUCUGCUUGGUGGUGCACAUUUGCCUGUAUUCAUAACACAUAAUAUGCUAAAUGGCCAUUUCAAGUGUCAUCGUAAACUUGUAUUUUUGCCCCAUAUUGAAAUUAUUGUCUGGUUGUUGACUGAACACCACUGAAACGUGAUGACAAACUGAAAAGUGUUGUCGGAAUGCAUCAACCAAGAAAACAUGUUCAUCUCAGAAGGCCUGUGAACUUUCUCAAAUAUUUAUAUUAACCAUAUUAAUGUUUUGUACAAAUGAGACUUAUACUAAUUAAGUCUAAACACGUCAGUUUUAUUAUGGUUAAUGAUGUCUCUAUAAGUGCCAUAUUCUUGCUGUUCAUGGCUGCUGGUUGUUGACAGUGAUGUGUGUGAUGGUGCCGUGAAAGGCUUUGUUUUUUCCCUAUGUAAAUUACGUACAGAUGUUGCUGACUUGCUGGCAUAGUCAGGAAAUUCCCUCCAGUAACCCAUGACUUCAGCUUUAGCUUCUGAACUUUCUUCUUGAGCAGCUUAUGUCUUGCAUUUGAUCAUUAACAGCUAUUUUUCCUGUGUUCUUUUGAACUAAAGAGAGUUUAUGAUUUUAUGUUUUCUGUUAGGGUUGUCCAUACAGUUUCAGUUAUUUAUUUUUUUACGCUUUAAAGACUGUUAAAAAUGUUACAUGAAUAAAAGAUAAAUCAUA